UGGAGAAUGCUCUGACGUUGUCAUAGCAGCGCUGAUAAGCUGCCCCUGGCCAUGAGCCAUUUGGGAUCACAGCACGGGACCGGCCGUUCUCCGGAGGGGGUUUCGAGGACUUCAAUCCGAUGAAAGUGUCCGAAAAUGGAACGCUGCACUUACGCCAUGAACGCCGAAUUAUGGGCAGCUGGAUGUCCCGUAUACUUCGGCUGGAGAAAGUACUCAAACGCGUACCAGUAAACAACUUUAGCCGAAGAAAAGUGACAUUUGGAUGCGGUACUUCCGCGUUGAGCAGCCGUUCUCCGGAGGGGGUUUCGCGGACUUCAAUUAAAUGAAAGUGUCGGAAAAUCAUGCGUGUGAGAACAACGCGCGUGCCGCACUAACCAUAAACUUUGAUGUCAAGUAGGGGGCCACAACGAGUUUGAGAUCCACGAUGUAGAGCAUGUAAUUAUGAAGUGCCGAAGGUUCAAUGCAGAAAGAAACAGAUUGAAGUAUAACGUUUGUCAGAUGGGACGGAAGUGGAGUUUGGAGGGAGUUCUGGUGGCGGACCAGGAUGGGCGUGACUGCUACAGGGCAAGAAACGGGACGAGGGCGUUGAAUGGAGUUGGGUAGGGAGUUAGAACAGUGUUACAUGUAUCUGCACACUCAUAGGUGGCGGUAUGCAGGAAAGUUGGUUGCGAUCCGCCAUUUAAACCCCAAAGAAGAAGAAGAAUGAAAGGAACCAACCCGAUCAUGUACCGGCGUGUUAGCCAAUUGAUAAGAAACCUGUCAGUAAAGAAGAUGGACAUUGUGUCGUGGUCCGUUUUAACAUAUGGAUUUUUACAGCUUGGAAGUGCAUGGAGCAUUGGCUGCACCGCCUCGCCUUCCUCCCCGUUUUCUGAUCAAACAACUUACAGCAUCUCGGACGACUCCCGUGCCCCAGAUGUAACUGGGUCUGACUGCGAGUACUCUUGGGCAAAUGAUAACUAUGUGCUUGCUAAUUACAUUAGCAGUAACCCUGAGCUGGUGGUGAAUAACAGCAUCAACGAUCUCAUCACCCCGAAAUGCUUUGACAUUAUCAUCUACACACGAAACUGCAUCUCAGAGGGGAUUGGUCACCGGGCUCUCUGUAAGCCCAACUGCACUUUAGUUGCCCUUGUGAGGUCUCAGAAGCAAAAAGAGAUUCCUGUUACUUUUGGUGCUACUGUUGGUGCAACUGUUGGUGCUACUGUUGGUGUUACUGUUGGUGCUAUUGUUGGUGCUAUUGUUGGUGCUAUUGUUGGUGCUAUCCUGCUGGCGGGGCUCCUUUGCCUGUGCUACAAAUACAAAGAUAACAUUCCAGGAUGUUCAACCGGAGCCAGCCCAAAUGCCUUUUUACUUUUGAAGAUGCAGAACGGUGGACCAAGGGCAGCUGAAGAGGACACGGGAAAAGUGUAGAAAGACCUUCUUGUUUUCUAUCUAUCUAUCUAUCUAUCUAUCUAUCUAUCUAUCUAUCUAUCUAUCUAUCUAUCUAUCUAUCUAUCUAUCUAUCUAUCUAUAAGUAGCACUAUUGUUUUUAAUGUGAACCAAAGCUGUGGAAGAUAGGUGAAGCGUAAUGCAGCAUUACAGUUAGACAACAUAUACCAGCCAUUCCCUGCACAGAGAAAUACAGAUGAUUUUUAAGUAUAUAUGUCUUUAUAUGUAUAUAUAAUAUAAUAUACAAUGUAAUAUUUAUAUGCCAAAAUCUCGGGCUGCACAGUGGGUGUAGGGGCCUGGGUUCUCUGUGUGGAGUUUGCACGUUCUCCCCGUGGCAGCAUGGGUUCCCUCUGGGUUCUCCGGCUUCCUCCCACAGUCCAUUGGCAUGCAACUCAGGUUAACUGGCCCGUAGGUGUGAAUGUGAGUGUGAAUGGUCGUCUGUCUCUAUAUGAGCCCUGUGAUAGACUGGUGACCUGUCCAGGUGAACCCUGUCUUCACCCAAUGUCAGCUGGGAUCGGCUCAAGGGCCCCCCAAAUAGUAUGAGUGGUUUAAAUAAUGGAAUAGAAUAUGCCAACAUCUAUUUAAAUGUAUGUAUAUUUUAUAAAUAAUAAAUACACUUCAGAUCGUGGAUGCAAUAAUGUGUUAUGUAAAUCUAUUCUGUUUACUCUGUCUGCUUUCUGAAAUGUGUAUUAUAGAAUCAUUCAUCAAAUCAUG